AUGGAAUUGAUUUCGUUUGUUUGUUGACAAUCCACAACCACAAAAUAAACAAGAUGGAUGAUAGAUAGCCUUAUAAACUCAAACACUAUUUUCUCUUUCGUCUAGUCCGUCACUCUACUAAACCCAAAUGGAAACUUGGUUCUUCAUCCUCCUCAUCGCUGUCUCCAUUUCCCUUAUUCUCAAAGCCUUCUUCAACCUCUUCUCUCCUCCCAAAAAGCUUACCCACACUCUCCCUCCAGGCCCUUCCACUUUCCCUAUCAUUGGCAACUUCUUAUGGCUCCGCAAAUCUUUCUUCGAAAUCGAGCCAAUACUCCGCAACCUUCGCAAAAAGUAUGGUUCCAUGGUCACUCUCUACAUUGGUCCUCGCCCCUCCAUCUUUGUCUCCGAUCAUUCCCUUGCUCACCAGGCGUUAGUCCAAAGCGGUUCACUGUUUUCCGACCGCCCCAAAGCUCUUCCUACUAGCAAAAUCAUGAGUAGCAACCAACACAACAUCAGCUCCGCCCCGUAUGGACCGAACUGGCGGGUUUUGCGGCGGAACCUUACAUCAGAAAUUCUCCAUCCUUCGCGUAUCAAGUCGUAUUCUCAUGCACGUAAAUGGGUUUUGGACAUUCUUUUUGAUGUUUUGCAAUCAAAGGCUAAAACCGGAGAACCAGUUCAGGUUUUAACUCAUUUUCAAUAUGUUAUGUUUUGUUUACUGGUUUUAAUGUGCUUUGGUGACAAGCUUAGUCAGGAGCAGAUCAAAAAGAUCGAGGAUGUUGUGCGAAGAGGGCUGCUGGGGUUGGAAAGGUUCAAUAUACUUAACUUUUGGCCUAAGGUGACCAAGGUUUUGCUUCGUAAGCGAUGGCAGGAGUUUUUUCAGCGACGUAAAGAUCAAGAGGAUGUGCUGAUACCAUUGAUAAGAGCAAGAAAGAAAGCUAAAGAGGAGAAAUUGAGUGAUAAGAAAAGCGAUGAUUAUGUUUUGGCAUACGUUGAUACUUUAUUGGAUUUGGAGUUACCAGAAGAGAAAAGGAAACUUACUGAAGGAGAAAUUUUUAGUUUGGCCUCUGAAUUCCUUAAUGCUGGCACUGAUACUACCUCCACUGCUUUGCAAUGGGUUAUGGCAAAUUUGGUGAAAUACCCUCAUAUUCAAGAUAAGUUAUUUCUUGAAAUUAAAGGGGUUGUGGGAGAUGGAGAGGAAAUCAAAGAAGAUGAUUUACAAAAGAUGCCUUAUCUGAAAGCAGUGAUAUUGGAAGGGCUAAGAAGGCACCCACCAGGGCAUUUUGUGCUUCCUCAUUGUGUGACAGAAGACACUGUGCUGGGAGACUAUUUGGUUCCCAAGAAUGGAACUAUCAAUUUCAUGGUGGCAGAGAUGGGAUGGGAUCCAAAGGUGUGGGAGGAUCCCAUGGCAUUUAAGCCAGAGAGGUUCAUGAGAAAUGAACAAGUGUUUGAUAUAACAGGGAGUAGGGAAAUCAAGAUGAUGCCUUUCGGUGUUGGGAGAAGAAUUUGUCCUGGAUUUGGCUUAGCCCUUCUUCAUCUGGAGUAUUUUGUGGCAAAUUUGAUCUGGAAAUUUGAAUGGAAGGCAAUGGAUGGAGAUGAGAUCAGCUUGGAAGAGAAGCAAGAGUUCACAGUGGUGAUGAAGACUCCAUUGAUGGCCCACAUUUCACCAAGGAAAGAGAUAAGGUCUUGAUGUUUUUAUACUUAAUUUAGAUAUGAGGUACAUAUAAUGAUGUAUGCGUGUUCCGUAUCUUUCUCAGACACGAUUCUCUAUUAAUAUCUUUUCACUUCAAUGAAUUCAGCUUAUUAUUAUUA